GUGCAGCUGCGAGCAUCGGAAAUUGUGUAUAGAGCCGUAAAAAUUAUACACACUGCUGGGUGUCUUACAUUGUUAUUGACUUAAUUAUACAUAAAUAAUGCCACAAUAAUGUGUAGGCCUUUAUCAGCAAGAGAAGCAUGCGUUUGCUUUAUCAGAAUCACAAGGAAAAAACAACAAUAAUUUUGCCUAAAAGAUUAUUUUCUUUUUUCUUGGGGCUUUUGCAUUUUAUUGUGAGUAUAUACGUGAACAGGGCGAUACAGACAGUUGGAACCUCUGAUUUCUAGACGGCGGAAACCACAGCCUCCAUCCUCAUGGAAGAAAAACAGCCCCCAGAGGAGUCCAGAGGAGGCGGCAGGUCCAACCGGGUCAGUGGGCCUCUCCUCCAGCCACCUGGCAACCACCAGUCCCACAGGACCACCAACUUCUACAUAGACAAUAUCUUAAGACCGGAGUUUGGUUGCAAGAGGAAGGACAAAACUUUUGUUCUGGAGGGAGAAGAUGUGGGAAAUAUCACAGGACGACAGCGGCUAAUGGGGAGGAAGGCUUCCAGAACUGAGAGCCAGAAGCCCGAUGGAGCAGGAAUUAAGGAGAACACGGGGGCAUCUGAGGACAGGAGCUCAAAGUUCAGGACCCCUUACCUUAUAACCAGCGACGUGGCUGUGAAGGGCCGAAGAGGCGACGAGGACCGCUGCUCGGCUGCUGCCGCCAAGCCGAUGCUGUGGCCGGCCUGGGUUUAUUGUACCCGCUACUCGGACCGUCCGUCCGCAGGUCCCAGAUCCCGCAAACCCAAAACAAGCGCGAGCCCGAGUAAGGAGGACAAGCGUCCCCGCACUGCGUUCACCGCGGAGCAGCUCCACCGCCUGAAGACGGAGUUCCAGACCAACCGCUACCUCACCGAGCAGCGGAGGCAGAGCCUGGCGCGCGACCUCGGCCUCAACGAGUCUCAGAUCAAGAUCUGGUUUCAGAACAAACGGGCCAAGAUCAAGAAAAACUCCGGGAGUAAGAACUCUCUGGCUCAGCAGCUGAUGGCUCAGGGACUGUACAACCACGCCACGGCCAAGGACGGCGACGACAGCGACUAGAGGGGAGCAGGCAAUAACUGUGAGCACCAGCAUCCACAACGUUUGUCACGUUUGGCUUUUUAUUGUGGUAAUCUACAUGUGCUGCAGGCCACACGUCCUCAGGGCUGCAAUAAAAACGCCACGUUCAAUCGGGUGGAGUCAUUUUCUAGCCCGUAGACAGGUUUUAGAACCAGCUAGGCUGUUUGUUGUUUGUGUCUUAUCUAUUUGUUAAAUCAUUAUUGUCCUCAUAAUUCCGAUGGAAAUGAAUAAUAAUAAUGAAUUGGGAAUUAGAACAUAAUGAGUGGUCGCCAUAAAUAGGUUCAGUUAUGUCCUUGUGUCUGUGUCAUCUUUUUGAAUAUGAUUAUGUUUGUGUCCACAUCCAAAGAUGUUUUCUGCUGCGUUCUAUAGGCUGCCAGUUAAAAUGCUUAGUCUACUUUAAUGAUAACUUUAAAUUUAGAUUUAGUUAAUGGGCCGUUUAUUUCUAAUGUUGUCACUUUAAGAGUUAAUCUCCACAAAUAAAGUCAAGCUUUUUAAAAUAUCCGUUGUGUUCAAAAGUCUGAACUCGUCUCAACCCCUCCAACAAUCUGCUGACUCUGAACGACACCAGUGUCAGACAGAGAGCAUUAAGUGGGAUCAGAAGCUGGUUUAACACUUCUCUCUCUCCUCUAGAAGCCUGUUUUCUGUUCGUGUGCCACAUUUCUGCUAAAUCGUAUUUUUGUGGACUCUGUUUUUUUCUGGUGUUCAGUUACACAGCGGAUGUUAAAUCUUCUUCAUGUUUCACAGAUAGCUGUUUAUUUAUGUUACAAAUGUAAUUGUGGCAUCAGAACCUUUACAGAUAAGAGACAAACAUAUAUUUGUAUUUUUCCUGAGUUGAGUUCUGCCGCAUAUCCAUUAUGUGCCUAUAGAUUAUAGCCUAUAAAAAUGGCAUGAUGAAUAAUGAAUUGCCGUUGAUUUAGGAGAAUCCCAUUCUUAACGUAAUGACUAUGAUUAUUCUCCAUAAAAUACUGAUGGUCUUCGCAACAGAGGCAUACAAUUUCAUCCCUACAUGCUAUCAUUCAUUGACAUUUAGGAGUUUGUGAUUUCCUAUAUAUUUUUAAAUAAAGUUUGAAUUUGCAUUUGGAUAUUUUGAAAAUUAAAGCCAUUUUAUUGUAAUUGUUGGAUUUUGAAGGACACGUUCAAGAAAAGUUUAGGAAUCUGCGAGUUACAAUAAACACAUCUGUCUUAUAAAUGCAAACGAAACGCAAAUACAUUUAUGAGCUAAAUAUGAAGCCAUUCAGAAGCAGCUACUUCACAGAAGCCUUAAACUGAUUUUUUUGUCAAUGGAUAAGCAGCUGAAGACUGACUUUUCUCAGUUCUGGACAUGUACUAUACUACAUAAGUAAUGUUUUUUUUUUUUUUUUACAAGUUCUCUUGAAUGUGUAUUAUUCUUGAUUAAUAAAGUAUUUAUGUCCAAACAGAUCAAAGGUUAUUACUGAUGUGAGAUAUUUAAAGGAAUUCAUCAUUUUCAAACUCUAUUAUUCUUUUCCCGGGGGAUUUUUUUAUCCUUAUGAUUCAUACUGUUCAUUAUUUUUUUUACAAAGGACUAGUUUAACUUGAUAAAGUCUAAAAAUGGCAACUUUGUGAAUGACAAGCCAAGCAAUAAUCACUGCAGCUUUAUUAAAUGAUUUAUUUUAUUCUUUGAGGCUUUGUAUGUGGCUGAUCCAGCAGCCAAACGAAUCAAGUCCAUCACAACGUCACAUGUCACUUCAAGUUAUUUUACCUGAAUAUUUAACUAAGGGGGCAAAACAGUGGAAUUAAAUGAAAUUGAGAAUAAGGAAAAAAUAUGGAAAGAGAUCCAUAAGAAAACAUCAAGAGUUGUCUGGUCUCAUCCUGGCAGCUGCAGCAAUGAAUGGCUGCAGGAGCUCAUCUGCAUUUCUUUUCAUGUGAAAUGCCCACUGAACACUGGGUGAGGAUGGAAACAAGCAGUGGGCUGGGUCUGUGUGGCUGUGGGUGUGAGGCUGGCACCCAAAGGUGUUUUCAGUUAAAAAUGAAUGGCUUCACA